AUGAAACGUGUGUCACGUAUGCUUAGGGCCCUUAGAGUCCCCUUCUUCCGGCGACCUCCAUCGCCAGCCCGACAGUUUCCUCCUGGCCCCCUUCUCGACCCGAUGGACAAAGUGGAGGAGGAAAAACUAGCAUGGUAUUCCCAUGAUAAUUUUUUUCCUGUUAAGAUCGGCGAUGUCUUUCAGUCGAAGUAUCAAGUGGUUGGAAAACUGGGCUAUGGCGGAUAUUCAACAGUAUGGCUUUGCAGAGAUUUAGAGCACAGGGAGCACGUUUAUGUUACUUUGAAACUAUACGAACGUGACUCUACUCAUGCAGAACGAGAAAUCCAGGUUUACGAAUACCUCAAACGUCUCAAAUCCUGCCACGCUGGUACUGUUCUCGUGCGAACUGUUUUGGAUAAGUUCCAGCUCAGUUCAGCCGAUGGCUCCCACUUCUACCAAUGCCUCGUUCACCCACCCUUGGGCAUGAGUCUCUUUGAGCUUCGAAAUCGGUGCCCACGAAGGGUUUUCCCAGAAACCCUACUUAAACCUACUCUCAUCCACAUUCUCCUUGCGCUAGAUUUCUUACACGCCGAGGCGCACGUGGUCCACACUGAUAUACAAGAAAAGAACAUUAUGCUCAAUAUUGAAGAUGACUCGAUUCUCGUUGACUUUGAGGAGGCCGAGAUAUUAAAUCCAAGUCCACACAAACUGGUCGGGGAUCGAGCAAUCUAUCAUUCUCGAAAGUUGGGUAUUCCAAAGAAACAUGGACGUCCCGUGCUCUCGGACUUCGGCGAGGCUCGCUUUGGGUCAGAGUCAGGCACAUAUUGCGAUGAUGUACAGCCAUUUAUGUAUCGGGCCCCGGAGGUACUACUUCGCAUGCCCUGGAAUGAAAAGAUCGACAUUUGGAACCUUGCAGUCGUGGCCUGGGACCUAUUCGAGCAAGGCCAUCUUUUCUAUGCUCAGGAUGAAGACAAACAUGACUCGGAUAGUCACCAUCUUGCUGAAAUGAUUGCGUAUUUGGGGCCACCACCACGUGAGAUGCUCGAGAAAAGUGAAUAUGCAAAUAAGUUUUUUGAUAGUAGCGGUAAGGCUCACCAAGUUCUCGUCUCCUUUUUCUCAGUCCGUGUUUCUGACCCGUGGAAAAUAGGAAAAUGGAAGUGCUCUGCUGAAAUUCCUCUUACGUCUUUAGAGGCCAUUGAAAGCAACUUACAGGGCGAGCAGCAAGAGAAUUUUCUCCGCUUCAUACGGAAAAUGCUGCAGUGGCGACCAGAAGAUCGACCUACAGCGAAAGAGCUAUUAUCUGACCCUUGGUUAAGGUCUACAUAG